UCUUCUUGCUUAGUGAUCCCGCCAUCUCUCUCUUUCUCUCUCCCCCUUCUUCCUCGUUUGGAACCUUGGAGAGUUCCGGGAGGCAAACGGGGGAGCGACAGGAUGAACGGGAAGGCCUCCGUCUCCAAGGAACUCGAUGAAAAACACGGAAAGAUAUUGGAGGGGCUUCUCAAAUUGCCAGAGAACAAGGAAUGUGCUGAUUGCAAGUCCAAAGGUCCACGGUGGGCAAGCGUGAAUCUGGGAAUUUUUAUUUGCAUGCAAUGUUCUGGAAUCCAUAGAAGCUUGGGGGUACAUAUAUCAAAGGUAAGGUCUGCAACAUUAGACACAUGGCUUCCAGAGCAGGUUGCUUUCAUCCAAACGAUGGGAAAUGAAAAGGCAAAUAGCUACUGGGAAGCAGAACUGCCCACAAAUUAUGGCAGAGUUGGGAUUGAGAGUUUUAUCCAUGCGAAAUAUAAAGAAAAAAGAUGGGUGCCUCAGAAUAAAGGGUUCAAACUAUCUUUAAUGGCCAAAGAAGAAAUGGCUUCCAAGAAUAAGCAAAAAUCCAGUGAUACAGAUGGAGAGGAGAAUAAUAUUAUUGUGAAGUCCUUGGACAAACAGGAUAAUACACUGCAAAGAACAAGGAAAGAUAAUAAUGUGCUUCCCAAAAUACCCUCCCUGGUAUCAUCUGAAUCAGUCGUAGCAACAGGGAGAACCCUGGUAGGUUCUCCAAACUCUCCAGAGCUACCGCCUGCAAUAGUUAAUGCCACAACAACCAUGCCUUCAAAAGUUGAUCACACCGUUGAUCUGUUGAACAUGCUUUCUGUGGACAGUCCAAGUGAAAAUGGGUCAGACUCAUCUUUUGUUGAUGAUAAUGCAUGGGUAAAAUUUGAGUCUGCAGAAUUAACCACCGCUUCAGAGAUGAAUGACACUGCAAAAUUUGUCAAAAGUAAGAAUGAAACUACAGUGGGGGUCAAGGACUUAUUUAAUGGUUCAACAUCUUUGUUGCAGCCUUCAACUCAAAAAAAACUCCAGAGAUAUUCCAGUAUGAUAUCUCCAGUUGCACUUCAUCAACAACAGCAACCAUUCCUUCCCCAGAAAAAAGGUUUUCCCAUGGCUGCUGAUAAAUCUGGGGAUGCACAUCGAGCAUUUUCUGCCAGAGGAAUUCACCAACGAAGUGUUAGUGACUCAAGCACAAUAACAGGAAACAUCUCGGUACAAAGUUGGGCAAACUUCAGUUAUCAGGUUCCAGGAAAUGUGCCACUAGCUAGACAGCUGUAUUCCAAUAAUUCAAGUCAGCAGAUGAGAAACAUGAAUUGCCCCCAUCCUUCUGGGAGCUAUGGUCCCGUUACUGCAUCUAGACGGCGAGCACCAGGGACCUCUGCCUCUGUAAAUGGAGAAACUACUGUAAACAAGCCUCAUGCGUCUUUGCCCACAUCUACUUAUAACAACCGUUCACUUAGUGAUUAUGAUUUCUCAUCAUUGACCCAAGGCAUGUUCUCCAAACAUUGAACAACAGAGUGCUGAUCUCAGUUUCUUUUGGUUGUCUUCUUCCCAUCAUUUUCUUUAUUAUUUGAACAAAAAAAAAAAUCAAAUUAUACACAGCUGAGUUCUUGAAUUAAUUUCAUUUUUAAACCAGUUUGGUAGUCUUUUGAUGGUUUCAUUUUCAUGUGUAAAGAUGUUAAGUGGCAAAAAAGGUCACAACUUGCUGAGGUUCAAUGAUGUAUUACGAAUUUGCAGUCAUA